GCGGGGGUGACUUGACAUUGAGGUUGGCAACCCGACCCUUGAAAAAGCGAUUCGAGAGGAAGAUUUGGAUAUUGGGAUCGCGCAGAAGAAAAAAUCAGAAGCGACAAGUCCACCUUCCACCUAGCUUCACCGGAGUUCUGAUCUAGGGUUUUCUCGAAAGGCUUUCUUGAUCAUAUCUCCAACUAAUCAAAUGACUCCACCUCCAGGUCCUUACUCCGGCGCCAGCACUCUCGCUCUGGUGGCGCGUGCAUCGGCAUUCAGUUUUGGCUUGGUUUAUGGAAGUGUGAAGCUCAAGAUUCUCAAGAUGAAAGUGAAUUCGCGUAACAAGGCGGAAGCUAAGGCACAUCACUGAGGAGAUAGUGUUGAAUGAUGAAAUAAAUGAUCAUGGAUCUUUCAAAUGGUUGACAUUGGAUAGGAUUACUCGUAUGCAAAAGAGACUCUUGAUUUAGAGAAUCUGGAGUUUUUUCAAUUAAUUUUUUUAUGAAUCACGAGAAUGGCUGCUGUUAAUUUUCAUUUCUGAGGAAGUGAGACAUAGUUUUCUAUGAAUUGAACAUGUAGAAGAACAAUUGUUUUGCAGAUUUCUGGAUUCAUAUACCAUAUCUCGAGGCUUUUACAA